GUUGCACACACAAGCAAACUCUCUCAAACUGACGCUCCAGGGCUUUUUUUGGUCAGAAAGAUCAGAGAAAUCAAACUCUCUACAGAUAUGGCUUCCUCCAGCAUUCUCCAGUCUGAAGAGCAGUUCCUGUGCUCUAUCUGUCUGGAUGUGUUUACUGAGCCAGUCACCACUUCAUGUGGACACAGCUUCUGCAUGGCCUGUGUCACAAAGUACUGGGAUAGCAAUGACCUGUGGCAGUGUCCACUGUGUAAGGAGAAAUUCUACAGACGACCUGAGCUUUGUGUCAACACAACGUUAAGAGAGGUUGUAGAGAAUUUAAAAAAAAUGAGAGACAGAAGUGACGAUGAGUCCGCUCCCAAACUCGGAAAAGUGGCCUGUGACUUCUGCACUGGGACGAAGCUCAAGGCCCUGAAGUCCUGCCUGGUGUGUCUGGCCUCUUACUGUGAGACUCACCUGGAGCCACAUCAGAUAGCCCCAGCCUUCAAGAGACACAAGCUGAUCGACCCUGUGGAGAACCUGGAAGACAGGAUCUGUAACAAGCAUGACAGAAUCCUGGAGAUGUUCUGUAGGACUGACCAGACAUGUGUGUGUCAGUUCUGCAUUGAGGCAGACCACAAGACUCAUGACACUGUCCAUAUAGAGGAAGAGUGUGGAGAGAGGAAGGCUCAGCUGGGGAAAACUGAGGCAGAAGUGCAGCAGAUUAUCCAGGAGCGACUGCAGAAGGUUAGAGAUCAAACUCUCAGUAGAUCUCAGCAAGAGAGAUGCAGAGAGAGAGAUAGCAGACAGCGUGCAGGUUUUCACUGCUCUGAUGCUCUCCAUUGAGAAAAGCCAGGCU